AUGGUUGGCUUCAAGGACCUUGCUACUGCCGGGGCUUGGCUCCUGCCUGUAGCCUAUGGCGCCAGUUCGACACCUGCGCCUAGCUCGACUUCGUCUGCGGCGUAUUCUCAGUUUACCAUCCCUGCCGCCUCAGAUGUCGGUGCGCAAUUGAUUGCCAACAUUGACGAUCCUCAAGCCGUCAACGCGCAGUCCGCCUGUCCCGGAUACAAGGCUUCGAAUGUCAAACGAUCUGCGAGCGGAGUGACGGCCACUCUGCUCUUGGCGGGUGAGCCUUGCAAUGUGUAUGGUACGGAUAUAGAUUCGCUGGACCUCUCGAUCGAGUACCUCGCGACGGACCGGCUGAACAUCCAAAUCAUUCCUUCCCAUAUCGACGCGUCGAACCAGUCUUGGUACCUGCUUUCGGAGGAUCUCGUCCCUAAGGCCAAAUCCGUUGGCACUGGCAACAGCAAGAACAGUGAUCUUGAGAUUGAAUUGUCCAAUGAUCCUACGUUUGGCUUCAAGGUGAUCCGCAAGGCUACCGGUGAUGUGCUGUUCGAUACGACGGGGUCGGUUCUCGUGUACGAGGAUCAAUUCAUCGAAUUCGUCACUGCCUUGCCGGAAGAAUACAAUCUCUACGGUCUCGGAGAAAAGAUUCAGCAACUGCGGCUUCUGAACAACUACACCCUGACCACCUAUGCAUCGGAUGUUGGGGACCCUAUUGACGGCGUCGACCUUACCUUCUACUCAGGCCCAACUCAGGUUGAUGUCACCAAGAACUACCAGCUUAGCACUGUUGGACUGCCUACCAUGCAACAGUACUUCACUUUUGGUUAUCAUCAAUGCCGCUGGGGUUAUCAAAAUUGGUCCGUUGUGGAAGAGGUUGUUGCGAAUUUCGAGAAAUUCGAAAUCCCCUUGGAGAAUAUCUGGAACGAUAUCGAUUACAUGCACGGCUACCGUAACUUUGACAAUGACCCAAUUCGAUUCAGUUACAGUGAAGGCGACGCGUUCCUAGAGAGACUGCACAAGAGUGGUCGCCACUACAUCCCAAUAGUUGACUCUGCUCUUUACAUCCCUAACCCUCACAAUGCAUCUGAUGCAUAUGACACCUACACUCGAGGUGCUAAGGAGGGUGUCUUCCUACGCAAUCCAGAUGGCAGCCUCUACAUUGGCGCUGUGUGGCCCGGCUAUACUGUGUUUACGGAUUGGCACCACCCGAAGGCUUUUGAAUUCUGGGCAAAUGAGAUCGCUACAUGGCACGGCAAGAUUCCUUUUGAUGGCAUCUGGAUUGACAUGAGCGAGGUCUCGUCUUUCUGUGUCGGCAGCUGCGGAACUGGAAAUCUCACCCUGAACCCGGCCCAUCCGUCCUUCCUACUACCUGGGGAACCUGGAAACAUUAUUUACGAUUACCCAGAGUCAUUCAACGUGACGAAUUCGACCGAAGCAGCCUCCGCCUCGGCCGCCUCGGCCAGCCAGGCUUCAGCUGCAGCCACAUCAUCGUCUGACUCGACCUCUGUCUCCUACUUGCGAACUACACCUACCCCGGGAGUGCGGAAUAUCAAUCACCCCCCGUACGUAAUUAAUCACGAUCAAACUGGCCACGAUCUCGCUGUGCAUGCCGUGUCUCCGAACGCCACCCAUGCGGAUGGUGUCCAGGAAUAUGAUGUUCACAACCUUUAUGGCCACCAAGUUCUCAACGCCACCUACCACGGUCUGUUGAAAGUGAACUCCGAGAAACGACCGUUCAUCAUCGGACGGUCUACAUUUGCAGGUUCCGGCAAGUGGGCGGGUCACUGGGGUGGUGACAAUGCGUCUAAGUGGGCAUAUAUGUUUUUCUCUAUUCCACAGGCACUGUCGUUCUCGCUAUUUGGAAUCCCCAUGUUUGGUGUGGAUACAUGCGGAUUCAACGGCAACAGUGACGAAGAACUUUGCAAUCGCUGGAUGCAACUCUCUGCAUUCUUCCCGUUCUACCGCAACCACAACGAACUCUCGACAAUUGGACAAGAGCCUUACCGGUGGGCGUCCGUUAUUGAGGCAUCUAAGACUGCUAUGGAGAUCCGUUACGCUAUCCUGCCCUACUUCUACACCCUGUUCCAUCUCGCGCACACUACUGGCUCGACGGUGAUGCGAGCUCUGGCAUGGGAGUUCCCGACCGACCCAUCCUUGGCUGCUGUUGACACGCAGUUCAUGCUAGGCCCAUCCAUUAUGGUUGUCCCCGUCCUUGCGCCCCUGGUAGACACCGUAAAGGGCGUUUUUCCCGGUGUCGGUGGGAAACAUGGUGAAGUCUGGUAUGAUUGGUAUACACAGACUGCAGUCAACGCCAAACCUGGAGUCAACACUACAAUUGCUGCUCCCUUGGGUCAUAUUCCGGUCUACGUGCGCGGUGGAAGUGUUCUACCGAUGCAGGAGCCUGCCAUGACGACCCGGGAUGCGCGCAAUACUCCUUGGUCUCUGUUGACAGCUCUCAGCGGCGAGGGUGCCGCGACGGGUCAAUUGUACCUCGAUGAUGGCGAGAGCAUUUACCCCAACGCUACGCUCAAUGUUGACUUCUCUGCGUCGCACUCUAGCCUGAGCGCCUCCCCGCGUGGAAAUUGGAAAGAAUUGAACUCUCUGGCCAAUGUGACUAUCUUGGGCGUGACCAGAAAGCCUGGUGUGGUCACAUUCAACGGCAAGAAGGUCUCAUCUGUCCACUACAAUUCCACCUCACAUGUGCUGUCGGUUGGUGGCCUGGAGCGUCGGACAGAAGAAGGUGCAUGGAGCAAGAAGUGGGUUCUGAAGUGGUAG